AAUUACUUCGUGAAACCUCCGACACUUGGUAGUAAUUUAAUGGAAGAGAAGAAUUACGUGCUGCUACUGGCAAAUAUUUCUUUACCGCCAAUGACCAGCCCCAGCGUAAAUAUUUUAAAAACCUUGUUUGUAACCCUAACAAAUAAAACUGCAGAGUUUUCCACGUUCUUCGGCGGUCACUGGACAGAGAUUGGUUUUCAGGGAUGUGAUCCAGGAACUGAUUUAAGGAGCGGUGGAAUGUUGGCCUUGUUGCAGUUACUUUAUUUCGUUACUACACCAAAUACGUUCAAGCUUUCACAAUCCGUCUUCAAACUCUCUAAAGAUCCUGUUCAAAAUUUUCCAUUUUCUUCUGCUGGAAUCAAUUUCACAGUUCUUUGUUUAAACUUUUUACACAAUGAAAGAUUGAAUAAAUUGUGCAUAAGCGAAAAAUCAGUAUUAACAGGAAUGAACAAGUUGUACGUCGCUUUUUUCACUAGAUUCCACAAAAUUUGGCAUUUACAGAAAAAAUCAGUUUCUGAUUUCGGUUCGGUGUUGAACAAUUUAGAGAAAGAAGCAAAAUCAAACAUUUCGAAAUUUUUAAAGUCUUCUUAUCACGAAUUAAAAGAGUUCAACGGUCCAAAAUAG